CAAAGCUAGCAGCAUUAGCAUUUCAGCGAUACCCCCCGAGCUAUUUCCUAACACCAAAGUUUUUUUCCUCUCAUUUUAGUCACUCUUUCCAUUCCGACUUAUUAGCACUCAUUCAAAAUGCGUUACCAAAGUAUCAUACUUGCCGCAGCUACUGUUGCAUCUGUUUCUGCCCGAGCCCAUAUGCCGCUCUCAAAACGGGAGGAGGUCAACGAUCCUAAUGGCAACAUCAAAAUCACCUUCUCUGACGAAACCGUCAAACUCGGCACCAUUACCAUCGAGACAAUCAUCGACGCUCUCGCCAAAGCUUGCAGUACCCAGGGCCAAUGCGACACCAGUGCUCUUGAAUUCAAAGGACAAUUAGUCGAGUCUGGCACAGGCUCGGUAACAGACGAAACUUUGACCGUCGAUCCAAGUGGUGCAUAUCCAACCUGGAUCCAUAAUGGUCUCAUUGAUAGUCUCUAUGCUGCCGUCAAGGCCAUUGCCAAAUGUGAAGAUGUCACCAACACGCCAACUUGCGGAUUUUCAGCAUAUUACUGCCCAUCAAAACCAUUCACGGUAACGGAAUGUGUUGUCCCGCAGUACUGGGGAAUCAACUACCAAGCUCCUGAUGCGACAAACGCUGCUCCUCCAUUCAUCGGUGCCGACAUGCAUAUUACGCUUGACGAGGGAGGCUUCUGCACAACGCUCUUGACUAGCUUGGGUGCGGUUGCUGGUGCUGUGCACGGUGUCGGAGGCGGCAUUUUCACACUUCUGAGCUUGGCUUGCAAGGAUUAGGGAGGAAGGAAGAGUUUGG